UUGGCGUCGUGGGAAAGUGGCUGGAUCACUGAGAAGUGGCAGCCGUGGGCGCCGGGUGAGGCUGCACUUGGUUCUCCGCCGCCUUCACCUUUUUUGGUUCAUUCGCUCUUAUGGGGAUAAAAUAGGGCCAAGGCAGACUUUUUUCCUCACAGAGACCUGAGGGACCUCUUACGUUUUCUGAUCCUUAAUGGUGGAUUGAAAAGUGACGAAAAGCUAGAGUUACAGAACUCUGGUAUAUUUUAAAUGUACAUUUAACACAUUCGAGCUUUUAAUUUGUACACAGAAAUCCCAUAUUUUGUUCCUUAAAGGAUAAUUACAGGAUUUAUGCAAAUACUAAGGUGGUCUGGGAAGUAGAUGCAAUUUUAAAGUUUUUUGAUGUUUUCUUCCUUUGGGCCUCCAAAUUCUAUUUGAAGAUGGCCUCAAAAGCCCUUGUAAAUGUGACCUGGCCCAACGUCAUGGUCAGCAAACUCACCCUUAAGAGGUAGAGACAGACCUUAAGAACUGGCAGAUGCUUGUAUUGAACAAUGUGAAUUUUAUUGUCUGCUUUAAAGUUAAAAUAAAAAUCCAGCAAUUCCACAACUAGAAAUGAAAUGAAAGUCGGGGUAUGGCAGGGUGAACUAGCAAAGACUUUGAAGGAACUUGCCAGAGAAAUGUGAGAGAAACCAGGGACAUGUGGUGUUCACAGCAGAAGAUGGAGAAGAGUUUCAGAGAGGAUCUGAAGACAAAAGGAGUGGAUCUGGCAGAGAGGGACAGGAGAGAGCACCCAGGCAUGUCUCUUGAAAACAGAAUAUAGCUGGAUAUUUUUAAAAACCAGUCUAGCUCUUUCAUCAGCCUCUUUUUGCUUCGGCUCAUAGCUGAUCGCACAACGUGAAGCGGAGAAGGCCCCGUGCCACCCAGCCGCCACAGCCGUUCUCAAGCUCAGCCUCUCACAUGGCAGAGCAACUUUCUCCAGGAAAGACUGCAGACCAGGUGUGCACCUUCCUCUUUAAAAAGCUUGGGCGGAAAGGCGCUGCAGGCCGCAGGAAGCGCCCGGCAAGCGCCCCAGAGCCGGGAGAAAGCGGCGGCAGUAGCGAUGAAGGCAGCUCUGUGGUCCGACCCGAGAAGAAGCGGGCGACCCACAAUCCGAUGAUACAGAAGACCCGCGGCAGUGGUAAACGGAAGGCGGCUUACCGCGACCUGAGUAGCGAGGAGGAAGAGAAUGAGCCCGAGAGUCUCGGCAUGGUUUAUAAGUCCACCCGCUCGGCGAAACCCGUGGGGCCAGAGGAUAUGGGGGCGACAUCUGCAUACGAGCUGGACACAGAGAAGGAGCGUGACGCACAGGCUAUCUUUGAGCGCAGCCAGAAAAUCCAGGAGGAGCUGAGGGGCAAGGAGGAUGACAAGAUCUAUCGGGGAAUCAAUAAUUAUCAGAAAUACAUGAAGCCCAAAGAUACGUCUAUGGGCAAUGCUUCCUCCGGGUUGGUGAGGAAGGGCCCCAUCCGAGCUCCGGAGCAUCUACGUGCCACCGUGCGCUGGGAUUACCAGCCCGAUAUCUGUAAGGACUACAAAGAGACUGGCUUCUGUGGCUUCGGCGACAGCUGCAAAUUUCUCCAUGACCGUUCAGAUUACAAGCAUGGGUGGCAGAUCGAACGUGAGCUUGAUGAGGGUCGCUAUGGUGUCUAUGAGGAUGAAAACUAUGAAGUGGGAAGCCAUGAUGAGGAAAUACCACUCAAGUGUUGCAUCUGUCCCCAGACCUUCCAAAACCUAGUUGUCACCAAAUGCAGGCAUUAUUUCUGCGAGAGCUGCGCACUGCAGCAUUUCCGCACCACCCUGCGCUGCUAUGUCUGUGACCAGCAGACCAAUGGCGUCUUCAAUCCAGCGAAAGAAUUGAUUGCUAAACUGGAGAAGUAUCGAGCUGCACCAGAGGGUGGUGCUUCCAAUUUCCCAGAAGACCCCGAUGAGGGUCCAAUUACCACUACUUAGGUUUCCCACAAUUCUCAGAUUUAAAAAUAAAUGUUUCGUUGUUCUUUUGGAAAAACAAAA